GUGUUACUCAACACAGGACAUCAUCUGACUGCACCUAUUGGAAAUCUGAGAUUCCUCCACCAUGAUGUGUUUAUUAGUUUAAAAAUUUUUCCCCUAAAAUGGUCCUUCUGUUGAUACUCUCAGUCCUACUUUUGAAAGAAGAUGUUCGAGGGAGUGCACAGUCCAGUGAGAGGAGGGUGGUGGCUCACAUGCCAGGAGACAUCAUCAUUGGAGCCCUCUUCUCUGUCCACCACCAACCAACUGUGGACAAAGUUCAUGAGAGGAAGUGUGGGGCAGUCCGCGAGCAGUAUGGAAUUCAGAGAGUGGAGGCGAUGCUGCAUACCCUGGAAAGGAUCAAUUCAGAUCCCACACUCUUGCCCAACAUCACACUUGGCUGUGAGAUAAGAGAUUCCUGCUGGCAUUCAGCUGUGGCCCUAGAGCAAAGCAUUGAAUUUAUAAGGGAUUCCCUUAUUUCUUCAGAAGAGGAAGAGGGCUUGGUACGCUGUGUGGAUGGCUCUUCAUCCUUCCGCUCCAAGAAACCCAUAGUGGGAGUCAUUGGGCCUGGCUCAAGUUCUGUGGCUAUUCAAGUCCAGAAUUUGCUUCAGCUUUUCAACAUACCUCAGAUUGCUUACUCUGCAACCAGCAUGGACCUGAGUGACAAGACUCUAUUCAAGUACUUCAUGAGAGUUGUACCUUCAGACGCCCAGCAGGCACGAGCCAUGGUGGACAUAGUGAAGAGAUACAACUGGACUUAUGUCUCAGCUGUGCACACAGAAGGCAACUAUGGAGAAAGUGGGAUGGAGGCUUUCAAAGAUAUGUCAGCCAAGGAAGGGAUUUGCAUCGCCCACUCUUACAAAAUCUACAGCAAUGCUGGGGAGCAGAGCUUUGACAAGCUGCUGAAGAAGCUCAGAAGUCACUUGCCUAAGGCCAGGGUGGUGGCCUGUUUCUGCGAAGGAAUGACAGUGCGAGGCCUGCUGAUGGCCAUGAGGCGCUUGGGUCUAGCAGGAGAGUUUCUGCUUCUGGGCAGUGAUGGCUGGGCUGACAGGUAUGACGUGACAGAUGGGUAUCAGCGAGAAGCUGUUGGUGGAAUUACAAUCAAACUCCAGUCUCCUGAUGUCAAGUGGUUUGAUGAUUAUUAUCUAAAACUCCGACCAGAAACAAACCUCAGAAACCCUUGGUUUCAAGAAUUUUGGCAGCAUCGUUUUCAGUGCCGGCUGGAAGGGUUUGCACAGGAGAACAGCAAGUACAACAAGACAUGCAACAGCUCUCUGACUCUGAGAACACAUCACGUUCAAGAUUCCAAAAUGGGAUUUGUGAUCAAUGCAAUCUACUCGAUGGCGUAUGGGCUCCACAACAUGCAGAUGUCCCUGUGCCCAGGGUACGCAGGCCUCUGUGACGCCAUGAAACCAAUUGAUGGGCGGAAACUUUUGGACUCCCUGAUGAAAACCAAUUUUACUGGAGUUUCUGGAGAUAUGAUCCUAUUUGAUGAAAACGGAGACUCUCCAGGAAGGUAUGAAAUAAUGAAUUUCAAGGAAAUGGGAAAAGAUUAUUUUGAUUACAUCAAUGUUGGAAGUUGGGACAAUGGGGAAUUAAAAAUGGAUGAUGAUGAAGUAUGGUCCAAGAAAAAUCACAUCAUCAGAUCUGUGUGCAGUGAACCAUGUGAGAAGGGCCAGAUAAAGGUGAUCCGGAAGGGAGAAGUGAGCUGCUGUUGGACCUGCACACCUUGUAAAGAGAAUGAGUAUGUGUUCGAUGAGUACACCUGCAAGGCAUGCCAACUGGGGUCCUGGCCCACUGAAGACCUGACAGGUUGUGAUUUGAUCCCAGUACAGUAUCUUCGCUGGGGGGAUCCUGAGCCCAUUGCAGCUGUGGUGUUUGCCUGCCUCGGCCUCCUGGCCACUCUCUUUGUUACGGUAAUCUUCAUCAUUUAUCGGGACACUCCAGUGGUCAAAUCUUCCAGCAGAGAACUCUGCUACAUCAUCCUUGCUGGCAUCUGCCUGGGAUACUUAUGUACCUUCUGCCUCAUUGCGAAGCCGAAACAGAUUUACUGUUAUCUCCAGAGAAUUGGCAUCGGUCUCUCUCCAGCCAUGAGCUAUUCAGCCCUUGUAACAAAGACCAACCGUAUUGCAAGGAUCCUAGCUGGCAGCAAGAAGAAGAUCUGUACUAAAAAGCCCAGAUUCAUGAGUGCCUGUGCUCAGUUAGUGAUUGCUUUCAUUCUCAUCUGUAUCCAGUUGGGCAUUAUCGUGGCCCUGUUUAUCAUGGAGCCUCCUGAUAUAAUGCAUGACUACCCAAGCAUUCGAGAAGUCUACUUGAUUUGUAACACCACCAACCUAGGGGUUGUUACUCCUCUUGGAUACAAUGGAUUGUUGAUUUUGAGCUGCACGUUCUACGCGUUCAAGACCAGAAAUGUCCCAGCCAACUUUAAUGAGGCCAAGUAUAUCGCCUUCACCAUGUACACGACCUGCAUCAUAUGGCUGGCCUUCGUGCCUAUCUACUUUGGCAGCAACUACAAAAUCAUCACCAUGUGUUUCUCAGUCAGCCUCAGCGCCACAGUGGCCCUGGGCUGUAUGUUUGUGCCGAAGGUGUACAUCAUCCUAGCCAAACCAGAGAGAAAUGUGCGCAGCGCCUUCACGACGUCUACCGUGGUGCGCAUGCACGUCGGGGAUGGCAAGUCAUCCUCCGCUGCCAGCAGAUCCAGCAGCCUCGUCAACCUGUGGAAGAGGAGGGGCUCCUCCGGGGAAACCCUAAGGUACAAAGACAGGAGACUGGCCCAGCACAAGUCGGAAAUAGAAUGUUUCACCCCCAAAGGGAGUAUGGGGAAUGGUGGGAGAGCAACAAUGAGCAGCUCCAACGGGAAAUCCGUGACAUGGGCCCAGAAUGAGAAGAGCAGCCGGGGGCAGCACCUGUGGCAGCGACUGUCGGUCCACAUCAACAAGAAGGAGAACCCCAACCAGACAGCUGUCAUCAAACCCUUCCCCAAGAGCACGGAGAGCCGCGGGCCAGGGGCGGGGGCGGGCGCGGGCGCGGGCGGCGGGGGCUCGGGCCCCGGGGCAGCGGGCGCUGGUAACGCAGGAUGCGCCGUGGCUGGCGGCCCGGAGCCGCCCGACGCGGGCCCCAAGGCUCUGUACGACGUCGGGGAGGCCGAGGAGCGCUUUCCCGCGACCGCCAGGCCGCGCUCGCCCUCGCCCAUCAGCACGCUGAGCCACCUCGCGGGCUCGGCGGCGGGGCGCACAGACGACGACGCGCCGUCGCUGCACUCCGAGACCGCGGCUCGCAGCAGCUCAUCCCAGGCCUCGCUCAUGGAGCAGAUCAGCAGCGUGGUGACCCGCUUCACCGCCAACAUCACCGAGCUCAACUCCAUGAUGCUGUCCACCGCGGCGGCGCCGGGGCCUGCUGGCGCCCCCAUCUGCUCCUCUUACCUGAUUCCCAAAGAGAUCCAGCUGCCCACGACCAUGACGACCUUCGCGGAGAUCCAGCCGCUGCCGGCCAUCGAGGUGACCGGAGGAGCUCAGCAGGCCGCAGGGGCAUCGCCUGCCCAGGAGACGCCCGCAGGAGCUGAGGCUGCCCCAGGCAAAGCGGACCUGGAGGAGCUGGUGGCCCUCACUCCGCCAUCGCCCUUCAGGGACUCGGUGGACUCGGGGAGCACCACCCCAAACUCUCCGGUCUCUGAAUCGGCCCUCUGCAUCCCAUCCUCUCCCAAAUAUGACACUCUCAUCAUCAGAGAUUACACGCAGAGUUCCUCGUCGUUGUGAGACACUGGAAACUUCCCCAGGAUAGGCGUGAGCAGCAGACCUCGGUGUUCACACGUGGGCGCAGCGACACCCAUAGUCACCCCAACAGGGAACCUGAGGUGGAAGAGGCCAAGGGCACACACAGUGGAUACACAAGAUCAAUAGUGCUAUUUCACGACAGCCGAUGACGACACCAAUUACACAUCUUCUGGCAGAUUAUCUUCUAGUGGCCUUAGAAAACAUGGGCUUUUAAGAAACACUGCUUCUGUUUGUGGAGCGCUGACCGGGAGAGGCUGAAGCAGUUACAAUACCAAGUGCUUUGCUCUGAGGCAGCAACAGUGUGAAACACCCUGAGCGGUGAAAAGUGGAGUUAAUAAGCAAUUGUAGACAGUAUUGUUUGUUUACUUCAUUUUCCCAGAAGAGUCUGAGUCACCAAACAUUGAAUGUACAUUUUCUAAAAAACUCAAAAAAAUCUGGGACCAAAAAGUCAACCUUUCUGUUUUUUUCCUUCUUUCCCUGGUCCCUCCAUGCAGACCUUGAAAAGCUAAUAAUAGGGCCCAGUUUUUACUGGGCUUGUGAGUCUCCUACGUAACACAAACGGGUAGUGAGUGUUGUGCUAGCGUACAGAGAGUUUCUAGCAAAGACUUUGAAAUCGGGCUGUGAAAUACUCUUCCAAAAGCCUGCAUCCUGGAUUCCGCUUAGUUAUUUCGGAUUCACUUCCAUUAACCGAGAAAACCAGUGCAAGAUUUCUGGACUCUUUCACCAUGUUGCCAAUCAAUCCUGGAGUAGCAAAAAAUAAAAAAUAAUAAUAUUUUCUGGAACACUGUUUUGUAAUUCCCUCACUGGGGUGCAUUGUGUAGCUGGAAAUUCUCUUUGUAAUAAUAAUACAUGAGCUAUAGCCUGGCUCUCUCUCAUGAUAACACAGGCACUCCUCCUUAUAAAUGCCCUUGUGUUAGUGUUGCCAGCUGAAAUAGUAAGAUGCGCAAUGAGCUUCCUCAUUCGUUUCUUUUGAGAACCUGAUAUACAAAGAGAUCCUCUGUUGUUGGUGGCUGUCUUACCCCAAGUCCCACCUCUGGAAGAGUAGUCCAUAGACCCCGUGAAGAUGUUAUAAUUAGAGGGAUUGUUGUUGAAAAUAAUAAUAAUAACAAUAACAGGAAAGUUGGCACAGCCGAACAUUUGUUAAUGCCCUUGAGUAGUGAUUUUCUCUUUUCUUGGCUGCUUACAUGGGGCAGCUAAGAACUAUGACAAAUGUAGAUGUUUUCAAAGCAAUACAGAAUACUAAAACAGAGGAACCUUAAUAUCAACUACACAGUCUUUCUCAGCCAUUCCAAGAAAAAGGCAAAGCAAAUACUAUCCUUUACUUUUUAAAAUAGUUAUUAACGUGGUUUUGUGCAAUUCAUAUUGUCACUUUUUAAAUAUUGCAGAAAAGAGUUUUAGAGUUACAAUAAAAACAUACUCAUGUUGGUGGGCUCAUAUAGGUAGAAACUGUAACUGAAGACCUAAAACUACUGUCAUCUUUUUAUUGGUCCCAUUGCAGCAAUCCUCAGGUACCAAAUGUUCUUGACUUUUAAAUAAAGAUAGUAAUAAAAGGAGGAGGUAUCCUGUAAAUUUAAAGUUCAGUUGACCCAGCCUUAUACUAAAGAUAGCCUUAUAAGAAAGAUUUGCCGUGAGAAAGAAGUAUAUUUUUGGCAGAGAGAAAUUUAACUAGAACUUUAAAAUUCUUAUUUCAGUAUCCUUGACAAUUUUGUCAUUCCUUGGUUGGCUUUGAUUUUGGUUGCUAUUGGUUUUGGGUUUUUUGUUUUUGCUUGUUUUUGUUUGCCAUCUGAUUUAAAAACAAAUUGAAACUAGAUGUCUAUUCAUUGGCCUAAUCUGUCAUUCUCCAGUUUUAAGUAUUUAUGGUUUAAAAACUAUUGAAAUUGCUUUUCUGACACCUGUUCUUAUUUGAAAUUUUAAAUCAAACCUUCCAUAUUAACACAUUAAAAGCUAAUAAUAAUUCAUAAGAUUAUUAUCUUGAAGUGAAUCAAACUUCUUUUUUAAUCAAGCUUCUUAAAUCAGAUUUGAAAAUAACAUUAUCAGGGCAAUGUGAUCCCAAGUAGUAAUGAGAUUUUUUCAAACAGAAAUCUAGCUAACUUGCAUAGCUUCAUUAAAAGCAAAUGCCUGCCUCUACCUAAAAAUCCAAGCAAAUAUUCUGAUAUGUCAAUACCCCUUUGUAUCCAUCAAUAAAAUAGCGUUUGCCUGGGGUGGGUUAGUGUCUGGUUUCUUAGAUGUUAAUAUCUUUCUACAUAUGCUCUACUUUCUGAGUUGCAAAUUUUGUUUCAUUGACUCUUACCUUGAUUUUCUGUUUUAUUUUCACGUGCAGCAAGUUUUAUUCCUUUGACAUUUUCAUCCACAAUUUUCUUCUAUAAUUUUCAUGACAUUAUUUUUAAAAAAUUACUACAU